UCACCCAGAGUAGAAAGAACUAUCAAAACCACGAACACAAUUUCCGCGAGCGGUGCCUGCCACAGCACAACGAAUCGCCGCCGGCUUGAGCGCGGGGAAAAAGUUGAGAUUAACGCGGGCGACCAAAGCCGAAAAAACGCGCGGAUUCGCCCAUUGGGUACCCGCGUGUCGCACGGGUGUUAGUGUAAGGAGCCUGGGGACAGGUAUGGCGGGGACGAUGAGGAACGUGGCAAUGGUGUCGCGCAGUGCGUUGAACGCAAUGCUGCCGCGGUGUAAUAGGAGGCUAGUGCAGACUUCAGCACCUCAAGGCGGCUUGAGAGCUCCAUCGUCUUCCGAUUUCGGCGCGAGAGAGCUGGAGCUUCUGAAAGACGACCCUGCUCUGCGGCGGUUCAAGUCCCACGGCGACACUGUUAGGCUGCUUAAGCGGAUCGGUGAUGUCCUCGUCAUCGCUCUAGUGGGAGGUGCGGUAUAUGAAAUUGCAUACAGGGUUCAGGCGCUUAAAGAUCAAAAGGUGGAAAAGUGAUGGACUUGGUGAUGCCACGAAAUGCGUAAAGGAAGUGCUGUUGACGAAUGGACACCCUACUGUGCUGGGUGCAGGAACCUUUUCCUUUUUCCAAAUGUAUCAUACUGUAUCGUAAAAUCCGCAGAUCAUGUCUUUGUCAUCAGGGUGCCUAUUCGUCAUUUGGUCAAAAUCAACCCAGUUGUUUCUGACGUUGCCCCGUUGUGCACCGGCCAGUUGAAUGCAGUGAUCAGCUUUCCAACUUUUCACUCUGCAAUGUGCUUGUCCCCUACUUCUGGUUGCAUACGAGAAGAAAUAGAAUUCAAUCUCAGUCUGGAGUCUAGAUUGGGAUGGCAGUAAAUAUUCAGCUGACAGACAGAACAGUAAUGACCUGUGAAUUGAAUCAAUUGAUGUUCAAAUUUUAUUUUUUUUAAGCUGACUGUAGUAUGUUCCACAACCAAAGGUGCGAAGAUUGUCCUGCCUUUUUGCUUUUCUGUCUUUUUGAAAGGCGUCCCUAUUGGAUGUCGAUUUGCAACACCAAUAGAUCUCUCCUGGAGCGACAGGAACCUGUGCUCGAGGACCGUCUGUGCAAACACCGUGAUCUGAAAACUCCUGUCCACCCUAUGGAGCGGGUACCCAUUUGCUGCUGUAGUGCUAUUCGCAGAGGAAGCAUGAACUUUUCUUUUCUUCGGGGGGUGUACUGGUGUCCCACGAUGCG